GAAAAGGCUCCAGGCGCUCCGUCGUCGAGGUCAGCGUCGACCACAGAAAAUUCGUCCAUGGCGGAUGAGCCUCUCCAUCCCCCCCUCGCUCUCGUCGCUCUCGAGCACGGCGGAUUGAGGCCGAGCCCCGCAGCACUUUUGUAAGGGGGAGAGAGAUUUGGAUUUGCUCCGUGGGGCAGGAGUGGGAGUGAGGGGUCGGGGUUGGGGUUUUGGCUUUUCGGGAGAGCGUGCUUGCUUGUGCAGCGCGAGAGGAGCGGAGCGGAGCCGAGCUGAGCUGCAGCAGAGGGAGGGGGGUGUUGUGCGCGUCGCCUGCUGCAGCCAUGGUCAUUGCCGUCGAAGCCUCGCUGGUGCAUCAGCAGGUUUCGUCGUGGGCGGAAUUGGGAGGGCGAGUGCGGGAGGGACGAUCGGCCAGGGACGGGACGAGGAGCAGUGUGAGCAUCGGAGCGUCGCCGAGCUUCAGUGCCGGUGGUGGAAGAGUUUGCGUUGCGAGAGUCGGGGAAUGCUGCAGUCGCACCUCUCGGCUCGGGUCUCAGCAUGUCGGCAGUCUUACCCCGUUCGAAUCGAGGGCGGUAGCUUCCCACGGCAAUUCCAUCGUCGGUGUAACGGCCGCGCGCUCCGUGAACGCUGCAAUUGCUGAAACCGACGGCCCGGACUUGAAAUGGUGGGAGAAGGGAAGUGCGCCGAACAUCCACGAUGUGCAUUCUACCCAGGAAUUUUUGGAUGCUCUUUCAGGGGCCGGGAAUAAGCUCGUGGUGGUGGAGUUUUUUGCCACAUGGUGUGGCUCAUGCCGAGCGCUUUACCCGAAGUUUUGCAAGCUUGCCGAGCAGUACAGCGAUGCCCAUUUUAUCAAAGUGAAUUUUGACGAGAACAAGCCCAUGUGCAAGAGUUUGAACAUUAAGGUGCUGCCUUUUUUCCAUAUCUACAAGGGAGCAGCGGGGAAGCUGGACGGAUUUUCUUGCUCUUUAUCGAAACUACAAAAGCUGAAAGAUGCGAUUGCCACUCACUACGGGGAUAGCGAUGAGGGAAGUGAAGGUAUUGAUGUUGCUGCCAUCCUUCAAGGCGAAGAUUUGAGGAGUCCCGCGGUAUCAGACGUGACAGUGCUGGAUACCAAAGCUGACCAAUCUCAGGAUGGUCAAGCGGGCAAGAAUGCUGCGAGUGCGUAAGAAGAGCCUACUUGAGGAGACCAAAAGGGCCCCAUGGUGACUGAGAUUCAUUUUGUGCGGAUGUUCUUCAAAAUCAUCGGAAUGUGGAAGUCCUUCGACUUCGAAAGAAAUCAACGUGAGCUGUGGGUAUCUAUUAUCUCAGCUGAUUAUGUGCAAAAUGUAGGGAAGUGACAUAGUUCUCACCUCGUUGGAAGUGGAGUUGAGUAGCUCUAAUGACUAUGUGGAAUAUAUAUUCUGUAGUGUAUUCUUACGAUUUGUCAAAUUAUAACAUCUAUUAAAGGAUGACCCUGGGAUGAACACACAAAAAUCUAUGGAGUGAAAGUCAAAGUUUUGAAGUAUCAAUAGUAGUUACAUACUUGGGGCUUUUUCUAUGUCAACGGCCUAGUACAGAUAAAUUGUGACAUUAGUUGUCUAAAGACCUUGAAUGUUGUUAGAAUGUAAGA